UCACGCUGUUCUGCUUAACUGUGACUGAAUCUAAUGGCUGGGAAUGUGUGCUCGCAAAGAGUCUGAAGGGACUCAUUUUGGUUCACUGUGGAACUGGACUUUUAGACACACGGACAUGAUGAUAAUGCCGCGGAGGAAUUUCGGAGAGGACGCUUGCUCUCAGAUUCGGUUUCUAAAACUUCUGUUUUCCUCCAGCACAAUGUAACUGAAACCGAGAUGUAAACCAGAAAUAAUUUGCUAGAUUUGAAUGAAAUCUUCUCAAACGUCGAACUCGAGGAUCAAACACAUAUUAAAAGCCUGGGGAAUCAUUUAUCCUGUUAAACAGACGCUCUCGUAUUCCUCGCAAGGAUGCCAGAUGUAUUGUCUCUUUACAUUGCCAUGGAAGUGCUCACUGCUCUUUCUUCUGUCAUUGGGAAUGUGAUGGUAGUCUGGGCUGUAAGAAUUAACCGAUCUUUACGGGACACGACCAUUUACUUCAUCGUCAGUCUGGCUCUGGCAGACAUUGCGGUCGGAGCACUUGUCAUUCCUCUGGCUAUAACCAUAAGCAUCGGAUUUAAGACUCAUUUUUACAGCUGUCUGCUUGUGGCAUGUACUGUACUGGUUCUUACUCAAAGUUCAAUACUUGCCCUCCUGGCUAUUGCUCUUGACCGCUAUCUGAGGGUCAAGAUACCAAUGAGAUAUAGAGAGUUGGUGACUCCAAAGCGUGCAGGGACAGCAGUGGUGGUGUGCUGGAUGGUGGCCAUUGUAGUUGGCCUGACUCCCAUGUUGGGCUGGAACAAUCUGGAGAAGCUACGGCAGACCAACGGCACUCUGGGAGCUGACUUUCUUGUAACCUGUGAGUUUGAGAACGUCAUCAGUAUGGAGUACAUGGUCUACUUCAACUUCUUCGGCUGGGUUCUACCACCUCUCGUCCUCAUGUUGCUCAUCUACGCUGAGAUAUUCUACAUGAUACACAAGCAGCUUAAUAAGAAAGUCACUACCAACCAGACCGACCCUACCCGAUAUUACGGAAAAGAACUAAAGCUUGCAAAAUCUCUUGCGCUGGUACUCUUUUUGUUCGCUGUUAGCUGGUUGCCUUUGCAUAUCCUGAAUUGCAUCACUCUCUUCUGCCCUGAUUGUGACAAUUCCAAGUACCUCCUCUAUAUUGCUAUCUUACUCAGUCAUGGCAACUCUGCCGUCAAUCCCAUUGUUUAUGCAUUUCGCAUAAAAAAAUUCCAGAAUGCUUUCGUUAAGAUCUGGAAACAGUAUGUGUGCUGCACGGAGGUUACACGUCUGGAUGAUCGGCCCAGCUUUCGUAGAGAUGGCAAAGAGAGAAGACUGCAGCACAAUGACAUCUGACUAAACACUAAACAGGGGUUCUAUAUGAGAACUUUUUUAAUAUAUUACAUUAGAUGAACAGUCUGAAAUGAAUGCUGUCAGUUGUUAGAAGACAUUUGCCACAGAAUUGGUGAAAACCAGAUGAAACAUUAGUGGAAAUGUUUCCUUGAAAUAUUCAGUUUUCCAAUAAAUGGUGCAUAGAAUAAAUUGCAUCAUAGAUGGGGGACCAUAAAAUGAUAGAAAAUUGCCUCUUUCAGAGAAAUAACAACACAGUCCAACUGGCACUUCGAUCUGUGGGAAAGAAUUAUCAUGUUCAUUGUGCUCUGACUGAAAAGGGCUUUAUGUAUUGACAGCAAAAGUGCAGUCAAAGCUGGCUUGGUAUGACAAACAU